GUUGUUGGUCCUUUUGCUUACGCCCAACCGCCAAAGUUUUCUCUGUAUUAUCAACUAAACUCCACUUCAUUUUGUUUCCUCUUUCCAUCGAUUUGCUAUUUCCGUCAUGUGUAGUGUAGGACCCGUGAUGCCAGCAUUGCUCGCUAUGGAACGUUCUACGACACUUGGCAACGCCGUCUAUCUCCAGAGUUACUCAUGGGUUCUUCUCUCUUCGAAAACCUCACCGACGCCGACGGUCAUGCUCAUGUCGUUUCCAUAUCGGUGUUCGUUGCAGUGCUCUGCCUUUGCAUAGUUAUCGGCCACUUGCUCCAGGAAAAUCGAUGGGUGAACGAGUCCAUCACCGCUAUUCUCAUAGGAUGCAUAGCUGCAACCAUAAUCUUGCUCUGGAGUAAGGGCAGAAGUUCUCACAUCCUGAUAUUUAAUGAGGAGUUGUUCUUCAUAUAUCUCCUGCCACCCAUAAUCUUCAAUGCUGGAUUUCAAGUCAAGAAGAAGCAGUUUUUCCAUAACUUUUUAACCAUUAUGCUAUUUGGGGUUGUAGGCGUUUUUGUUUCUUCAGCCAUUAUUGCAGCUGGUAGUUGGUUCUUGUUUCCAAAGAUCGGUUUUGUUGGUCUACAAGCACGAGACUAUAUUGCAAUUGGAACAAUCUUCUCAGCAACUGAUACUGUCUGUACACUGCAGGUCCUGCAUCAAGAUGAGACACCUCUGCUUUACAGCCUAGUCUUUGGGGAAGGAGUGGUGAAUGACGCAACAUCAAUUGUUCUCUUUAAUACAGUUAAAAAGCUCAAUGUUUCUAGGCUUAAAGGUUGGGCAGCAGCCAAUGUCCUCAAAGACUUCCUGUAUUUAUUUUUUAUAAGCACUGCUCUUGGAGUUGUUGCUGGACUGUUGACUGCAUAUACUCUUAAAGCCUUGUAUUUUGGUAGACACUCAACUGAUCGUGAAAUUGCUCUAAUGAUUUUAAUGGCGUAUCUGUCCUACAUGCUGUCUGAGCUCUUGCACCUCAGUGGGAUUCUCACAGUCUUCUUCUGUGGUAUUGUCAUGUCACAUUAUGCAUGGCAUAAUGUCAGUGAAAAUUCAAGAAUCACAACCAGGCAUAUAUUUGCAACAUUGUCCUUCAUUGCAGAAACAUUCAUCUUUCUUUAUGUUGGAAUGGAUGCUCUUGACAUUGAGAAAUGGAAAAUGAGCAAGACAAGCUUUGGGACGUCAAUGGGGAUCUACAGUACUAUUAUCUUACUAAUAUUACUUGGGCGUGCUGCAUUUGUAUUUCCUCUCUCUGCAUUAUCCAAUUACAUGAACUCAAAAACUGAGAGGGUGCUAAUUACAUUCAAACACCAGGUUAUAAUCUGGUGGGCUGGGCUAAUGAGAGGAGCUGUCUCUAUUGCUCUGGCUUUCAAUCAGUUUACAUACUCCGGUGUUACCUGGGAUCCGGUUUAUGCCACCAUGAUCACCUACACUGUUAUUGUUGUUCUCUUUAGCACGCUGGUGUUUGGUUUCCUCACAAAGCCACUAAUAAAAGUUCUGCUUCCUCACCGUGCAAUGGACAAGAACCAACGCCCAGAACGUCGACAGAAUGACUCUCCUAAAGAAGAUGCUGCCAACCUCCCAUUGCUUUCUUUUGAAGAAUCUGCAACAACCAACAUUGUCCGUGCAAAGGAUAGCUUGUCCAUGCUCAUUGAAAGGCCAGUUUACACCAUACACCGUUACUGGAGGAAGUUUGAUGAUUCCUACAUGAGACCAAUUUUUGGUGGGCCCUGUUGAGCAUUGCAUUUGCAUUAUGGAAGGAAGACUUGACUUCCUGGGCUUGAGAGAUCACUCCAUGCAUUGUGUUAGAGAUAACCAGAGUCUUGGUAUGUAUGAUGGGCACCCAAUCGAUCGAUCCUUAAGGGACCCGAAGCAUAAACAAUUUGUGGCACUAGUUGGAGAACCAUCGUAGACCAAGAAUGGAUUGCCAUUGUGAAAAUUCCAAGGUUAACCAAUCUUCCAAAUAAUGUCACUCAUCCUUGGCCUUUCCUCUAUGGCUUAUGUUAUGGGCAGCAGAUUUCAGCAUUUA